UGUUUCUUUGACAGUCAGAGUCGGUUGUGCAAUGGCGUCGACAAGCCGUGGAGAUGGGUUGACUCUGCCCCGAGUUCAGUGUCCCAACCACCCCGAUGCCAUCUUGGUGGAGGACUACCGUGCAGGGGACAUGAUCUGCCCUGAAUGUGGCCUUGUAGUAGGUGAUCGAGUGAUUGACGUUGGCUCCGAGUGGAGGACGUUCUCCAACGAGAAAGCCCUCAAAGACCCGUCCAGGGUGGGAGACGCUCAGAACACGCUGCUGAAUGGAGGAGACCUCACCACCAUGAUCAGCAAGGGCACAGGUGCUGCUAGUUUCGAUGAGUUUGGCAACUCCAAGUACCAGAACCGUCGCACCAUGAGCAGCUCCGACCGGGCCAUGCUGAACGCCUUCAAGGAAAUCACCACCAUGGCGGACCGCAUCAACCUGCCCAGGAACAUCAUCGAUAGAACCAAUAACCUUUUCAAGCAAGUUUAUGAACAGAAAAGCCUGAAAGGGCGAGCAAAUGACGCCAUCGCAUCGGCUUGUCUCUACAUCGCCUGCAGACAGGAGGGUGUCCCGAGGACCUUUAAAGAGAUCUGUGCCGUGUCCCGCAUCUCCAAGAAGGAGAUCGGCAGGUGCUUCAAGCUGAUCCUCAAGGCCCUGGAGACCAGCGUGGACCUCAUCACCACAGGAGACUUCAUGUCCCGCUUCUGCUCCAACCUGGGCUUGCCAAAGCAGGUGCAGAUGGCCGCCACCUACAUCGCCAUGAAGGCCGUGGAGCUGGACCUGGUGCCCGGGAGGAGCCCCAUCUCUGUGGCCGCCGCCGCCAUCUACAUGGCCUCCCAGGCCUCGGCAGACAAGAAGACCCAGAAGGAAAUCGGCGACAUCGCCGGCGUCGCCGACGUUACAAUCCGACAGUCAUAUCGACUCAUCUACCCUCGUGCCGCCGAACUUUUCCCUCCAGACUUCAAAUUCGACACACCUGUGGACAAACUUCCACUCCUGUGAAAACUCAGCAGCACUUCUGCUGUUCUUUGGAAAUUUUUUUCAUCUUUUUGUUGGUUUUGGAAGAUUUUUCCUGUCCCUAAGAUUUCAAGCCUUUGACAGGCACCCCCCCCCCCACACUCAAGAAAGAUGGACACACAUUCCAGUCAUCAUGAAUGGACCCUCACCUACUCUAUGUAUGUGCGUGCGUGUGUGUGUUUGUAUACACACACACACACACAGAACUGAUGCUUGCAAUUUUAGGCUGCUUUCAUAUUUGUAUACAUAAAACAUUCUUUUGUAGAAAAAGGAGCUGUUCUAUUUUGUUAGUUUGUUUGAACUGUAUUAAGUAAUUUAAAAAUAAAACUUUUCAUUGGAAACAAA